AUGGCUAGAGUCAGCAGAAUAAGCGACAAAAUAGCGGUGGAUGCACUCCAUAAAAUGCUCUGGUACAAGUCAAAAUUCAGGAAGUGGAUAACCUUGGAUAAACCGCGCACGAUUCAGGACGCGCUCCAUAAGGCUAUAGACUACAUAAUCAUCGAAGAGACGACAAAAGUCCUGUCACAAAAACAGAGGAUGACAAAAACAUCGUGGAGGGAUCCUGGGUCUGAUCAGAAGCCUAAAAGGAGAAACCCCCGUAACGACAAAAUCGUCCAUCACGGGGAGGAAGAGAACCAGGGAGCGCAUAACUAUGCCAUCAACUCCGGACCAGAGCAAGGCCGGACGACGGGCAUUAAUUCUGUCGUGACCGGUUUUGACCCCAACAAUACAUGGACCCGAAAUCCAAAUUACGAUGAAAAUGCCUUCUUCGACUUUCACCAGGCCCGCGGCCACUCGACUAUAAACUGCAAGGUUCUCGGCGCCAGGCUGGCUGCAAAGUUGCUCGCGGGAGAACUAGCCGAAGUGUCUAGCGUAAAAGACCUCAUCGACGAUUCAGACCGCCCUCUGAGAAACGGUAAGGCCCCUCAAUCGGAGAACUCUCUCCAAGGGAACCAAUCGGGAGAAAAGCGCGGAAGAAGACAGGACCAGAAAGGCAACGAUAAUAGCCGCCACAGGGUCAACAUGAUCAUCGGAGGAUCACAGUACUGCAGUGAUACCAUCUCUGCUAUAAAAGCUUACGAGCGAAAGGCUGAGAUGAGCGUAAAUUCGCUAACCUGGUCUGCGCCUGGUGACUUCUUGAAAGGAGCAAUCACUUUCAAUGAAGAAGAGGCCGGCAGGAUCGAUCAAACCCACUGCGAUCCGCUCGUAAUUGAUCUCGUGAUAAGAAACCCCGAGGUCGCGAGAGUUCUCAACGACACAGGUAGCACGGUCAAUGUCAUCUUCCGCGAUACCCUUAAAAGGAUGAGCAUUGAGCUAGGAGAAGUCGUACCAAACCCCAAACCGCUAACUGGCUUUGAAGGCACAACGUCUAUGACUCUCGGGUUGAUCAAGCCGCCCGUUGCGGCAAAGAAGUAA